UCAAGUUACAUGUCUAACAGUAGCAAAAGUUCGCAUUUCCUCAAGAUUACAUCACGGCUCAAAUGUCUCAAUCAACCAGUCGGACUGAAAGCCAUGCAUUUGCCGGGGUUCUUCUCGACUUUGACGGAACAAUCAUCGAUUCAACAGAAGCAAUUGUCGAGAAUUGGAAGCGAGUCGCCGCCGAGCUGGGAGUGGACUAUCGCGAGAUCCUCCGCGCCUCCCACGGGAGACGAAGCAUUGACGUCCUGCGAGAGCUGGACCCCACAAAGGCCAAUUGGGAUUACGUUAGCGCCAUGGAAGCCAAAAUCCCGCAACUAUCUUCCAAGCCUGCUAUCGAGAUCGCGGGCGCCCGACGAUUACUAGAGAAACUCACGAGACACUCCAUUCCCCACGCUAUCGUGACCUCAGGAAGCAAGGCCUUACUCGAUGGCUGGUUGACCAUUCUCCAACUCCCGCGGGCAAUGACGGCCACAACAGCCGAAGAUGUCUCGGCAGGCAAGCCGGAUCCCGAGGGGUAUCGCAUGGCGAAGGAACGUUUGCUUCAGCAUCGAGCUGAUGAAGGCGAGGUUCUGGUGAUGGAAGAUGCCCCCGCAGGAGUCUUAGCUGGCAAGGCAGCCGGAUGCAAGGUUCUAGCUGUGACGACUACACAUACCGUGGAGCAGUUGAAAGAAGCUGGUGCAGAUUGGGUUGUUCUAGAUCAUCGCUUUGUGGGGUUUGAGACUUCAACUUCGCCGGGUGAUGUGUGUCUGACAUUUCAUGAUCUUCUUUGACCGUGCAUAUACAAAUAUCGCGUUUGUCUGGGCUCUAUAAAG